AUGGCUUCUUCACGUAUAUUCAUAAAGGGCCUUCCUCCAAAUAUCACCGAGGAUGAAUUCAAAACACAUUUCGGCGCGAACCAAGAAAUCACAGACGCAAAAUUGAUCUCUCACCGGAGAAUUGGUUACAUUGGAUAUAAAACACCAGAAGAAGCUGUAAAGGCGGUCAAAUAUUUUAACAAAUCAUUUGUACGAUUGUCGAAAAUCGGCGUGGAAAUUGCUCGACCUAUAUCGGAUUCUUCCCUACCUAUAUCGAGAAAAGUACAACGUGAACAAGAACGGGAAAAUAAUAAGAUCAGACACCUCAAGCAGGAGGCUGAUGCCAAAGCCUCAGAAAGUCUUAAUACUGGAACGAAGAGAAAACGAAGUGAUAUCGAUGCAGCAGAUCCUAAAUUACAGGAGUUCUUGGAAGUCAUGCAACCCGCUUCGAAGUCAAAUUCGAAUAUGUGGAAAGCCGGAGCCAUGGAUGAUGAUAUUGAGGAACCACCAAUGAAGUUACAAGCCAUUGAAGUACCAGAAGGAGAAAGCGACGACGAAUACCAAUCAGUACCUAGUAAAUCUAAGAAGGCUCCUGCAAAGCCCAUCGACCCUCAAGUACCCGCAGCGCCGGCUGCACCAAUUACCUCAGCUAUUACUUCCGAUAAUGCCGACCCAACGGACGAGGUGAUGGUCGAUACACCUUCCAAUAACGUUGAGGCCACAGAUGAUGAUUGGCUAAGAAGUCAUACGAGUCGGUUGUUAGAUAUAGUGGAUCCGGAAGAUAUAAUCUCCAAGACACAAAACUUAGACGUUAAGAAUGUCGAGGAGGUGACGGCAGAAAAAGCAGAACCCAAUCCACCCGUUGAAGAUAUGGUUGUCGAUGCCGAAUCAGAAGCUAUGGAAGAACAGCCGGAAAAUCCAGCUUCAGAACUAGAUGCGACAAUUGAAACGAUCAAGGCUAGUGGACGACUAUUCGUGCGAAACUUACCAUAUAGCGCAACGGAGGAUGAUCUGCGGAAGCACUUUGAACAGUAUGGAGCUCUAGAAGAAAUACACUUGCCUGUAGAUGCCAAAGGUGCCAGUAAAGGGUUUGUGUUGGUUCAAUACACGGACCCAAAUGCUGCUGCUGAAGCAUAUCAUAAUGUAGAUGGCGAGCCUUUUCAAGGAAGGUUAUUGCACAUAUUGCCUGCUGCAGCUAAACGAGACAAUAAGCUAGAUGAGUUCGCCAUAGCGAAGCUUCCAUUGAAGAAGCAAAGACUUCUCAAGAAGAAGGCUGAUUCUUCCUCAAACACUUUCAAUUGGAAUUCCUUGUAUAUGAAUCAAGAUGCUGUCAAUUCAUCGGUGGCUGAACGUUUAGGGGUAUCGAAAUCCGAUCUUCUUGACCCAACUUCUGCAGAUGCUGGAGUCAAGCAAGCUAUUGCCGAGACUUCGGUCAUCCAAGAAACGAAAUCAUAUUUCGCAAACAAUGGAGUCGAUCUUGAUGCGUUUAAGAAACGGGAGCGUGGAGAUACUGCUAUAUUGGUCAAAAAUUUCACCUAUGGCAUGACUCUGGAAGAACUUCGGAAGACGUUCGAAGAGUUUGGCCAGGUUAUCCGUGUUCUCAUGCCUCCGACUGGUACGAUCGCAAUUGUUGAGUUUGCACAACCAACACACGCAAGAGCAGCAUUUGCCAGCCUUGCAUAUCGACGUAUGAAAGAUACAGUACUUUUCUUAGAGAAGGCGCCCAAGGACCUCUUUACUGGUCCUGCGCCUAGUCAACCAGUGGCAACAAUUGACAGGAAUGCGGGUAAAGCAGCAGAUCCUAAAUUCUCAACAUCUGAUCUGCUCGAAAGAGAAAGUGGCGCUGAAAAUGUGGAUACAACUACCUUAUUCGUUCGCAAUCUUAAUUUCAGUACCACAAGUCAACGUCUCACGGAAGUUUUCAAGCCCCUUGAUGGCUUUCUAUCGGCACGCGUUAAUACGAAGACGGAUCCGAAGAAGCCCGGCCAAGUCCUUAGUAUGGGUUUUGGCUUCAUAGAAUUUAGGACCAAAUCUCAAGCACAAGCGGCAAUCAAAGCAAUGGAUGGAUACACACUUGAUAACCAUAAAUUGCUAGUCAAGGCUUCUCACAAAGGAGCCGAUGCUGCUGAAGAGAAGAGGAAAGAAGACAGGGCUAAGAAGUUGGCAGGCAAACGCACGAAGCUCAUUGUUAAAAAUUUACCGUUCGAAGCUUCCAAAUCCGAUAUUCGCAAACUUUUUGGUACGUAUGGACAGCUGAGGUCGGUGCGCAUGCCCAAGAAAUUCGACCACUCAACACGUGGUUUCGCUUUUGCAGACUUCAUUACGGCUCGUGAAGCGGAGAAUGCACUAGAGGCUCUUAAGGAUACUCAUCUUCUUGGCCGUCGUUUGGUCAUCGACUUUGCAUCCGAAGAAACUGUUGAUGCAGAAGAAGAGAUUGAAAAAAUGCAGAAGAAAGUUGGAUCACAAGUCGAUAAAGUUGCCUUACAAAAUCUUACUGGAGGAGGCCGCAAGAAAUUCAAUAUUGAAGGCAACGACGCGGAUCUAGAUUGA